CCCCACCACAGAUCGUGUUGUGGCCGGAGUCGAGAGAGACAAACGAGAAGAGUCGAGAGAGAUUCCGAUGCCGCCGCCGAUUCCGAUGCCGCCGGACAUGACCCUCCGCCGCCUCCCCACGGCCAUCCUGGGCCUCUCCCCUUCUCUCCCGUGUUUGCUGUCUCGUCCCCGCCUCUACCUCGCCGCACGUCGGCCCAGGGCCGUCGCCGCCCGGGCCUCCUCCUCCUCUUCCUCACCGGACUCGUCCUUUGGCGCGCGGAUGGAGGAUUCCGUCAAGAAGACGGUGGCCGACAACCCCGUCGUCAUCUACUCCAAGUCAUGGUGCUCAUAUUCCAUGGAGGUGAAGGCGCUCUUCAAGCGGAUCGGCGUGCAGCCGCACGUCAUCGAGCUCGACCAUCUCGGCGCUCAAGGACCACAACUACAAAAGGUUUUAGAGAGGCUGACUGGACAGUCUACUGUUCCUAAUGUUUUCAUUGGUGGAAAACAUGUUGGUGGCUGUACAGAUACUGUGAAGCUGCAUCGCAAGGGUGAGCUAGCUAGCAUGCUGUCGGAGCUGGAUAUCAACAUUAACAACUCAUGACGAGAUGGAGCGCGUGGUUCGCGGAGGAUGGAUUUGAGGCUUGAGAGACUUGUAUUGAGUUGUUUUAGGCUUUUUGCAGAUCCAUUAUGUUGCCGUGUGGCAAAACUGUAGUCAUUUACACAUUUUUGUUUGGUUAUUACACCGAGUGAGACACGGAACUUGACUUUCCAACAAUGCAAUGCCUGCGGUUAAGAUGA